CCAUCUUCUCCCUCACCUCUUCAACAAGUCAAGAGCGCCUGCGCUUCCCUUCGACAUUCGCUUCUUCUUCCUGAGCAUUUAUUCAGCGCACAUAUAUCCCAUCUGCGCAAAGCCUCCUCGAGGGAGCUUUGCGGCCCCAUCAUUCGCAAUCAUUCCACGCCAGUGCAGAUAAGGCAACUUGCAUCGACAAUCCCUCCCGCCAGCUCACGUCGACGAGCAUGCCUCGCAACGAAGCGGUAUCGCCGCUGCGCAUAAACAAAACGCCAACGGCAUCACCAGCCAAAGGUGGCUCUUUCUCCCGCCCGCUCUCUGAGAUUGGGUCCACCGAACAUAGAAGGAACUCCCCGAGCUUCAACCAAACAACGAAGAAAAUCAUGUUUACCAAGGAGUCCUCUCCAUUCGAUGCCUCACCCUUCACCAAUAGCCCGCGCCUGUUCUGGAAGGAGCAGACCAUCUCGCCGAAAGCCCGAUUUGGAUCCGAAAACGACUACGAGCGCGAACCCUCGCUGUCGCCAAAGCGCUCCUCCAUUGAGAACCUCAAGAAGGCUUCCCGAGUCAAGAACAGCAGCAUGUUUGCCCGCGAGCAGAAGAACGAGUACGACCCCGCUUCCUGCCAGCCGUUCGAGCGACCACUUGCUGCCGGUCGCCCCUUGAGCACGCAAGUGCAGGGCAAUGCUUACGGCGGAACCGGCCUCACCGGCCUCCGUAAACAAGACGAGAAGUUUCGGAGCCAUCGGCGCGGCGAGAGUCUGAGCAAAAUUCCCACUCUUAGCCCAUCUAAGACAUCUCCUGGCAAGCUCCAAACCUUGUCAGCGUAUACUUCUCCAGCGAAGGAGAAGCCGUCUCCCAAUGAGGGACGUACCUCCCCAAGCAAGUCCUCUCUUGUUAGCCAUGGCCGGUUCAACUCAAUUGAAUACAAUCCGGACUCCAGCAUGUGGUCUGAGGACGACGAGCAGCUCAAGCACGAGACCCCUCGCCCAUUGCGCCGCCAUGCUAAGAGCGUGACCUUUGAUGCUGCUCCUCCCACAAUCAACGAGUACGAGAUGGUGACGCCCGAUCCGUCAUCUAUCGCAUCUGGCUCACGAGAGGGCAGCUAUGAGUCCGAGGAGGAUGAAGAUAUGAGUUUCGAUCAGGAUGAUAGCUUCGAUGCCUCUCUCGAAGAUACCGACAAGACUCCAGUCGUGCUUCCUGAAGAUUGGCGCCACAUGAGCCCAGAAGCUGCCAACACGUCGCUUGCGGAUACUUUUGAUGAUCCAUUCGAUGGUCGCGACAAUAGCCCAAUGCCGAGUGCUCGUCCCAAUGGCGUCACGAAGCCGAACAGUUCACGCCAUGGUUCGACCAAUUCUGACGGCGAAUCAAGGCCACUUCCCCCCCUGCCAGGAUUGGAAGCGUACAAUGACCAUCGUCGACGCGAUUCAAGCAUCGGUCUGUCAGCUGCUGCAGAACGCGCAAGCGGCAACCGUCGAUCGCUCCCUCAGCUUCCGCAAGCCGCGGGAUUUUCCAAGUCCGAUCUUCUAAGCAUGCGAGAGGGAUCCAUGUCCCUUGAGGAUAGGCUGCGUCUUAUGAAUUUUGACGACGAGCGUAACACCAGUACUCCUACUCAAGAGAGCCACGACACCACGAAGAAGGAGUUGGGUCUCGGAAUCCAAGUCCAAGAGAUUGAGGCUGAUGACGCGACCGAGUCCGAGAUUACGGUUGAUGGUCCCAAAGUACAACGGAUCUCUCGCGAAUCUAUUCUCCGCAAGGUUAAGAGCCGCAACUUCGACGAAUACGACAGCUACAACUAUGAUGUCGAGUCAAGUCCAGAGCGCAGCUAUGGCGACUUAGCUGAUCUAGAUCCGGAUGUUCCUAUUCCCUCCCGUGAAGCUUCCUCCAACUUCGAUGAACAUCCUCGACAGCCUGCGGCAAACCCUGACGACGAUGGUGAUAGCGUCCUUGACGCCUACUCCAUGGCUGAGACUACUGAUAUGUACACUGAAACCUCAGUGCUCGAAUAUGAGCGCGAUGGCUCUGUCAUUCGUCAUGAGAUUAAGAAUGAACCCCAGGAUGAUGAUGAUACAAGCCAGUACUCACCUCAACCGGACGAACAACCGACCUCUCAGAGCACAAUUGAUUCGGAUGGACCACCGACACCUACAGCAUCGAAUCCAUCGCCUUUGGCGGCUGAGAAGGAAACAAAGCGAAACGAAAUGUUUUCUUCCUUUAACGACGACGAUCUGCAGCUACGGCUAGAUCCAUUCAAGGAUUCUUGCAAGACCGCUCCCAGUCCGUUUGAUUCCGCACCUAAGAUUGGAGCGAUGCGGCAAUUUUUGCACCGUCCUGCCACACCUGAGGAGUCAGAUAUACAGCUUGAAGAGCCGGGCACUCCUGACUCAGUCAUCCGUCAUCCAGUAGUAAUCUCACCCCCCGAACGAGAUUCGCCAAUCGUUCCUGAGCCAGUCGCAACAAUCAAAGGUGCUGGCGGCAGGCUCAAGACACGCCCAUCUCUUGCUCCAUCAGAUAUCGAAACUAUGGCAGCAGCCAGGCGCAAGGUCAGCGGUGAACGUCCUCCCCCAGUCCCAGAGCGAAGCCCUAAACGCCAGUCUCUUAGCCUUGACUUUGGUCACAUUGAAGAGGGCGACUCUCAGGGAGAGAACAGCGAUGGAUCAAACAAGGAGAAUCUCAUGCUUGAUAUUCCCAUUGGUGACGAUGCGAAUGAUCUCAGCUUCGGGCUAGACAGGGAAUUCGAGAACAUUAUCGAGGCCCAGAAGAAGGGGUAUCUUAUGCGACAGAACACCAAAGUCGUCGUUGCCACUGCUCGCAACUUUAGUGAUAGCAGCAAUGAGCAUGCUGCUGAAGGGAAGCCUGCAGCCGAGAGGGUCUCAAAGUCUGCAAACAGCAGCCCACGAAAGACAAGCGCUGAACGCAAGCCCGCAUGGACAACCGAACCUUGGAAUGGUAAGAUGAGGAGACGGAGUAUUCGAACAACCUCGGGUUCGCGUCGUGCCGCUGCUAAUAGUGUUGCGCCUCCUCUUCCUGGCCAAGAAUCUGCCGUCACGGGUGGCCUUGACUCGGUUGCCGAGCAGAAUGGCCAAGAGGAUGACUUUGAAGAUGGUGCGGAGAGGGGUAGAUUAUUCGUCAAGGUUGUUGGGGUUAAAGACCUUGACCUUCCCCUGCCAAAGACUGAACGCACAUGGUUUCAACUCACACUUGACAAUGGCUUGCAUUGCGUGACCACGUCAUGGUUGGAGCUCGGUCACAACGCGCCCAUUGGACAAGAAUUCGAACUUGUUGUGCUCGACGAUCUCGAAUUCCAACUUACUCUCCAGACUAAGCUCGAGCCUCCUGCCCAACCUCAAGUCACUGCCGCGCCGGCUAAAGUGAUCAAUCACAAGAAGUCACACUCUGCCUUCCGUAAUCUGCUCUCCUCUCCGAAGAAGCGAAAGGAGGCAGAGAGGAAACUGCAAGAAGAGAAUGAGCGCCUAGCACUGAAACAGCAACAGGAGGCUCAGGCCAAGCUCAACCGCCAACCUACUGCGUGGGACCUGUUGCAUGAUUUGGUCGGGCCAGAUGGCUCAUUCGCACGUGCCUACGUUUGCCUCAAGAAUCACGAGAAUCAAGCAUAUGGUCGUCCUCUCAAUGUCGAUAUUCCUUGCUUCAACGAGUGGGCUGUCGAUGAGGCCGGUAUGAGCAGCGUCAAGAGCAAACGCGGUGGUGUCGUGCGACGACCUCCGUACCGUGUUGGAAAGCUCGCCUUGCAGCUUCUCUAUGUCCCCAAACCGAAAAGUGCCAAGGAUGAAGACAUGCCUAAGAGCAUGAGUGCUUGUGUGCGAGAACUGAAGGAUGCUGAAGAAAUCAAACAGAAGAACUGGGAGGGUCAUUUAAGUCAACAGGGUGGUGACUGCCCGUACUGGCGCCGCCGCUUCUUCCGUCUCAAUGGCACAAAAUUGACGGCCUAUCACGAGGCUACACAUCAACCUCGUGCAACCAUCAAUCUUGCCAAAGCAACCAAACUCAUCGACGACAAGUCUGCUCUCCAACAACCUUCUUCGACCAAGAAUGGCGGACGUCGUAAGUCUGCCUUCGCGGAAGAAGAGGAAGGCUACAUGUUCGUUGAGGAAGGAUUCCGCAUCCGCUUUGCGAAUGGCGAAGUUAUUGACUUCUACGCCGAUAAUGCGGCCCAGAAGGACGAAUGGAUGAAAGUCUUGUCGGAGUGUGUGGGUAAGGAUGUCAAUAGCGGCAAAGGCUGGACAGACAUGAUUCUUGACAAGGAGCGGCGGGAAAAGAUGCGCUCACAGCUUUCUCCUCAGUUAGCUCAAGCUAAAGCACUCCGGGAGAAUGCGAAUGCGGCUCAGCAACAGUCGCGUCCGAGAUCUCAACCUACACAUGAGAGCGGAGCGAGGACGGCGCCCUCAAGUCCGGUAAAACAUGGCCAUGCUAGAACACAGUCUCAUGCUCCUCCUCCACCAGUUGAGAAGGAUGCACGGCAUAGAAGCGGUGUCCCGAGGCAGAGGGAAUCUGGAAAGGGAUCGGGAAGGAGAGAUCAGGUUCGAUCGAUGAUCUUCUAAGUGACACUCACCCUCACUUUCUCAUUUCUUUGAGUCCACAUUCUGUCUUUGGAUACCAAACUUCACCUUUAGGGAAAUUGAUGACAAAGGUGCUGAGCGCCAAUGUUGCGGAGAUUAAUGUUGAUAUAACAUUUCGGAACACUUUCGAUCGUUUUGGCAAACUGUAUAGCUCGACUAGAUCGCUUGACAUCUGUCUCCUUUCUUACCUUCGCGUUCGUAGUUGCGGCUAGGGUUCUGGGGUCGGAAUAGGGCAGCGGCUGGUGGGAGGUGUAGGGUGACGGUUGUGGUUGGGCGGGGGUGGGCGUAUUAUUCUUUUC